AUGGCACUGUCUCAGUCGUCCUUUACACCGACGCUCCAGACACAGUUGCAGAAACAUCAAUUCGUCGGAACAUGUCAAAGCCCGGGUAAACUUAUUUUUCCGACGACGGAAAUCCCCAAAUUCCCUUUGAUUUCGUCAUUUCAUGCGACUAAAAUCAAACCCGGUUCUCCUCUCCGGACCAUCAGAUGCAUCGCCGGAGAUAUAUCGGAUGAUGGAACCAGAGAAGCAUCUUCUUCUCUCUCUACUUCGAUCUCGUCGGUUUUCGUGAAAGGCUUUCCGGAUUCAGUGAGUGAAGGGCGUUUAAGAAAGGUCUUCUCCGAGUUUGGAGAAGUUUGCAAUGUAAAAAUCAUCAUAAACGAAAGGACUCAGCAGUCUCUAGGAUAUGGCUAUGUCUGGUUUAACAAGAAAGAAGAUGCACAGUUGGCUGUGGAAGCCAUGAACGGAAAGUUCUUUGAUGGCAGGUUUAUUCUUGUUAAAUUUGGCCAGCCUGGAUUGUCCCGGAGCCGGAGAUCACAUUCCGAUUUCUCUUUUUGUAAAUAA